UGUAGGGACUGAGGGAGGCACAGGUUGGAGAAAGCGGUGUCUGAACGCUGAUUGGUCACUUGUCAGGGCUGUUGAUUCAGUCUUCCUCCAGGCUUUAGACAGAUAAGAUAAAGGCCAUAUAAAAUGACAAGGAUGCGCAUCCAUCCCUCACUGUCAGUUGCGCCUCCACCUGCAGCAAUAACAAGGACCACAAGCCGUCUCCUCGUCCAGGCUUCAGCAGAUGAAGUAAGUGUGAGUACUAUAAGUCAUGGGGGUCGUUUUGGUUACUUUGUACUGUGUUUUAAAGUGCAACGCACGGUAAAAAAAAAAUUGCCUAAUUAUGAAAGCAAGUAAAACUGGUGGGAUCAUAAACUUGUAAAUUUUAAUAUAAAUGUAUUGUGUUUGUUCCAGUCUUCCUCAUGACGUCUUGUUUUUCAUUUUAUCUCCUGGCUUCCGUAUGGUCAACCACAAACUCCAUGUUUUAUUUCAACCUUUACUUUUUCUCCAUUUAUUUAUUUAUGUUUUACUUUUUUCAUGUUUACUGUUUUUCUACUUUAAUUUACUUUUUACUCUCUCCAUCAUCUUCAUUUUCUUUCCAUUUUGUUUUGGUGUUCUCUUCACAUCUUCCCGCUCUUUCUCCUGUCUCCUUCUUCUAGGAUUUCUUCAUAUUUUUAUAUUUCUCUCUUCCAUAUCACUUUUUACAAAGCAUUCAUCAUAGCACAUCUCACAGCAGUCCAUUAGUCAUUUCAUUUCACUCUGACUUUCACUGUUUCUUUUAAAUAAUCCAGCCACAGUAUUAUUGAUAUUUCCCUGCCUACAGGAUGUCUCCUGCAGCACAGUGUGAGGCUGACGGCACACACACAUGUAUCCAUGUCAACAAAGACUCAUCUGGUGAAAGAAUGGAGUCUGUACUUUCAACCAGACAUACAGAGCAAAGAACUGGAUGGCACCGGGGAGGACCCCGGGGUCGACGCAGAAUGAAAGCCAACGACAGAGAGCGCGACCGCAUGCACAACCUGAACUCUGCCCUGGAUGCGCUGAGACGCAUCCUGCCAGCACUGCCUGAAGACGCAAAGCUGACCAAGAUAGAAACUCUGCGCUUUGCCCACAACUACAUCUGGGCCCUAACAGAGACGCUGCGUAUGGCUGAGCAGCGAGGACACGCUGCAGACUAUCUGUCAGCAGUGUCGGGUCUGAGGAGUCCAACAGAGUCUGAAUAUGGGUCCUCAGGGGACAUGGACCCAAACUGUCCCUACACAUCAUUACAUGACCACAGAUGUGACAUCAUGACAGCGGGCCAAUCCUUUUAUUACACUUCUAUGUGGUAACUAUGAUCUCCAAACUUUGGACCACGGAUUUAGUCGGUCAGCCUCACAAAAGCUAAUAUUCCAGAAUGAAUUCAUGGUCUUUAUCUGAACAUGUAAUUGAUUUGUUAACAGAGGAACAAAAACAACCUUUGUAAACAUGAUUUUAAGAUCCUUGGAAACACCUGGGUUCAUCAUCUGAUCAUCU